AUGAAGUUCACCUACAUCACCAGCGCCCUCCUGGCCGCCCUCGCCACUGCUGCGCCCCUCACCAACGAGGACAAGUUCGCCGUUGACUAUGCCGGCGGUAACGUCACCGGCGAAGCUGCUCCUGAGCUCAUCUCCUCCGUUUCUGCGCGCUCUCUUCAGAAGCGCGCAAACAUCCAGUUCGUCGUUUACGACUCCAACAACUGCGGCGGCAACGGUCUCGUCAUUACCGCCACCGGGAGCGGCACCAAGGGCGACUUCCCCACCAAGCACAGCGUGCGCAUCCUCCAGCUCACCAACGGCUGGCACUUGUCGCUUUACACUGGCCUCCAGCAGUCUGGUGUCCUCACGCGCUUCUUUGCCACCGAGGUUGGUGCUGACAAGUGCUUUGUCGGUAGCUGGCAGAGCUAUGGGCUUUUCAGCUCUUAA